UCCAAUGAAAGCUAAGCUAAUGGCCGCCGCGCUCUAUCUAAUCUCGAAACAGCUGAUGUGCGUCGUUCUAUAUUUUCAUUGAAGAUAAUUGUGUUUCAUUUAAUUUAUUUUAUAUAAUUACUUAGAUGAUACGCCAGUUGCAUAACUGUUUUGUGUGGAUAUCAGGAUGUCACUGACCAUACAGCAAAUAAUUUUGGAUGCAAAAAGACUCGCAGGUCGUCUCAAAGAGCGAGAAACUGAAGCGGAUGCUUUAUUAACCGAAACUCAAACAGCUUACAGACAAAUUCAUACGAUGAAACAGUACAAAGAAGAAGUUGAUACUUUAAAUGAAGCGUCACGUGAACGGCCACGUGGUGCUUUGAUUGCUAGCAUAGAACGCGAGUCUCGUUUAAUGCGUGAUGUUCAGCGGGAGAAUGGAGAACUGAGAGCGGCUUUGGAAGAUCAUAGACGUGCACUGGAACUUAUUAUGUCAAAAUAUCGUCAACACACAGAAAAAAGAAUAUGGGAGUCCAGAAUAGAUUUUACAGCUGCUAUUAAUGAAAAACAACAGGAGUUGAUUCGUCAACAAGCAGAGAGAAUCAAUGAAAUGACUAGCAUCAUGUACAAAGCUGUUAAUUCAGAUGAGAAUGGUGACUCCAGGAAAGAGGAAGAAUUAUACCAAAGGCUUAUUACAGAGAAUAAGGGUUUGAGAGAAAUGCUAGAUUUAUCAAGGCGGUAUGGUUCUGACCGAGAGUGGCAGCCGCCGACAGCAGACAAAGAUGUGCAGACGGAGGAGAGGCCGCAAGUGGGCGCGUGACGUCCUGCGGUUGAGCCCUGCCGCCUCUGAAUGAGUGUAAAUCGACGGCUGCGGAAACGUUGCCGAGCAUAUUCAUAGGUAGACAACAUGACACCUGUCAGCACAUUUGACUCCUUUUCCUGAUAGUUCUUUAUUAUAGUCCAAAACUAACCUGUGAAGUAUCAGAUUAUAGUAAAAUGUUACUAUAACUGACAGAUGUGCAGGCAGGAAAAUGAUAACAGUCGCCGUUCCAGUAUACAACUGAUAUUUUACGGUUACUUACAAAUUUUGGAUGUUAGGUCUUUUGACAGUAUCUUUCAUGAUUCACAUUUUGCUACAAAAUUUAAUUGUGACAUAAAUACAGCGAAUACCAUAUAAGCUAUAAAAUAAUAAUGUUUUGUUUCUUCAUUGACUGUAUUUGAUGUUGAAAUUUUAAUUACUUAAUAUUUAUUGCCGCUUUUUAAGUUCUAGCUCAUGUUAUGCCUGUGUGAUGAUGGACUGUAUUAAUUUCAAUGGUCAUUUUUAGUUAAUAAUGCCAUGUAAAGUCAAAUCACUUAGUAUGGCAGAAACUGUGAUCUUAAGUAUUGCUGUUAAGUUAUAACAAUCGAUUUAAAACGCGCGUUUUUCAAUAUCCGUGAUAAACCAAUGGUAUAAGAGCAAAAUUAAUGAAAGAACAAGUUACUGUUUAAAUGUGUAUUGGAAUGUAUUAUUUUAUUUGAAUUUAAAAAUUUUGUGUAUUUUUAUCUUACUUUAAUUUUAUUAGGCAUUUAAAUUUAUAUUUUCACUUUAACAUUUCUUAUAAGAAUAAAAUUGUCUUGUUAAUUAUAAUACUCACAAUAAUUAAAAUAAUAAACUAGAAAAUAUACUUUUUUAGAUUACUUGUAUCCUCCUUAGACAUAUAACACUUGUUAUUUUGUAAGGGCAGUACUCUGGGACCCAUUAUCUUGUCAUAGUAUAUGUGAAAUAAAUCUGUUUAAAUAAAAUCAUGCGCUAUACAUCAUACCAAAUGCUAGUCAAUUCAUAUAACAGGUCAUGUUCUGUACUGUAUUUACUUAUUGCAUUAGAAUAAUUUAUCUCAUGUUGAAUAGUAGUAUAGAAAAUUCGCUAUACAUACAAUUUGGUGAUUACCAAUGCGGAUGUCACUAAUAAUGCGCUAGAGCUAAUGAGUACAUGAGAAGUUUGUAUUUAUUCAAAUAUGAAAUAUUUUUCCAUGCAAUUUAGUGGGAUCAGCUUUGAAUGUUAGAACGAAUUGUAGUGAUUCUUGAUAGUGAACUUCGUGAAUACUAAACACAUGCCAAAGGCAUGUAAGCAAUAUGUACUGUUAAUGAAUAAGUAAAUUUGUUAAAAUUUGGAUAAUAUAAUAAAUUUGUGACAUUUCUGGUACUGAUUUUAUGUACCAUUAAAUUAAAUUGAAGUAAAUUUAUUUUACGUCACAUUAUUCAUAUAGAAAAUCCAAGAUCCACAUUCGUAUAUAAAAAUACAUUUAAAUCUAUCUCGAAUUUUAAAGAAUAAAUAGUUAACGUAAGACAAGGCAUGGACGCAGUCGAAUAUUUACCUAUUUAAAUAUUAUAUAUAACUUUUGUAAACAUAUAGGUUAUUUGUAACUUAUAUGUUUACAAAAGUUGUAAGAACAUUUCGCUUUGUUUGAUUACAAAUCACUAGCUGGUUAGGAAUUAGUGCAUAAUUUGUGGUCAAUACGAUUUACAGAGUCGCUUUUUAGUCUUUGGUAGUGCAUCUUUGUUUCUUUUAUUAAUUUCACUUCAGAAAUUAAUGGCCGAUUUUUAGCGUAAUGUAAACCAAUUUAGUUUGAUGGCGCAUCAUAAUCGACACUAUUAAAAUCUGUAAAGCCGUCCUCGUCAUAAUCUAGCAAUCUCUUAAUAAUGUUUUGCUUGAUUAGAUGCGAAUGAAGCGUAAUAUGUGCAACAGCAGUUCAGGUGUUAAUAGCAGUUGGUUAGAAUAAUUUAGAGGUAAUUAAUUGCAGAUAUUAUGUUUCAGAUAAAAAAUUAUACAGUCUAUAAAUAUAACUUGCAAUUGUUACCUAAACAGAGAUAAAUAUAAAAAUAUAUAAUCCGCAUUGACAUAGAAAUCUUGUUAAAUAUUCUGGUAGUAAUACUGUUGUUAAAUGUUCAGUCUUUAGUAAUUAUACGUAUUGACAAAUACUUCUAAAGACAAAUUAAUUUCCACGUAGGGAUAUAUUUACAUUAUUUUUAUGAAUUGUAAUUUGUAUUUAAAUUAGGUUGUGUUAAAAUUUGCGAUUGUUUAUUAGAAUAAAACUACAAUCGGAGUUUUUCAUUUACAUAUUUUAUAAAUAUAUAGCAUCAAUAUGUGAGGAAUAUUGCACAAAUUAAUGGUUUAAAUUGUCCAUUUGUUCAUUUAUAAUUUAAUAUUUUUAAGUUAUGUAAUUUGUAUUGAAAUAAAAUAUAAGUUCUGGAACAUCUCAUCCCAUUUAAUUCUGUUUUUAGAUCAUGUAAUGAAACUUACAUAUUUAAUAAAAUAUACUAUUAGGUAAAAAAUUCAUUGUCUCGUCUUUAAAAAAGAACCUUUAUCGUCAAUAUUUUGGAGUUUUUAUUAUUUAUCAGUAUCGGAACGUUAUUGAAUUCUAUUAAAAUAUCGUAAAAAUGUGUAAUUAUAUAUUAAAUAACAAUUUUUAUACGAUACAUUUUACGAUAUUUUAAUAAAGUUCUGUACACAUUUCUAUUUAACAUAUAUUUGAAUAUUUCUUAGUUCUGGACUGAAGCCACCUUUUCACCAUUGAAUAAAAUUAUAUCCUGAGAGAUAAAUUCGUAUAGCUCACGUUGUAAUAUAGUUAUUUUUUUAGUACAAAGUAGCUAUGGUGAACUAAGGUUUAUUAUAUCUGUGGAUUAUAUUUUAUUCUAUAGUUAAAAGCGAACUGCAAUAUCGCCGACUUACCUUUUUAUUUGAUUAGAUUUAUUUAAGAAAAUUUAAAUAUUGGCCCGUAAGUCGAGUAGUUUUAUUACGAAAUAAUUUGUAUUUUUACUACUUAUAGCUACAAAAUUAAAGUAUAUCAAAUGUAAGGUAUACAAGAUACAUCAAGUAUAUAAAAUAUAUUAUGCUUUGUGUGAGGUCCUUAAAAUUAAACAUAGUAGUCGUAGUAAUUGGAUUAAUGAAAUAAUUAGAGUAAAUUGCUACUUUAGUAUAAUUGCAUUUAUAAUAUUAGACAUUACAAAACGCUCUGAGUGUGUAAUGUCAUAAAGUUAGUUCAUGAUACAUAGCAACCUUAAAGAAAUAGAUAUGAAAUAAUAUUAUUCAGUUGUUAUUGUUACAUGAUAAGAAUAACAUAAUGAUACUUAAUAUUUAGAUUUGGUUCUUGGUAAUUUACUUCCUUUUCUUUUCCAGUUUCUAGAAAAUGAAACCUUUAAAACAUGUACUUUAAGUAGAUAAAAAGAAGGCAAUGAUAGAAAAUACCUAUAUAGUUUUUUUCUGCUGUAGAAUGACACAUGUAGAGGAAAAAUGGUAAAUGUAUGUUUAAUUGUAAUUGAUAAAAUAUACACUAUAAAAUAACA